UUGUUUGGAGAGGAACCAAGGACACGUGGUUAGUGUCGGAUCUCGAGAUUCGAAUCAGUUGUUGCGGGAAUCAGUGGUGGGGGAGUGAAAUGGCGGCGAAGCAGAUGGAAGAGAUACAGAAGAAGCUAGGGAAGCUUGGUUACGCUAGGGCAAAUGCUCCUGCUCAGUCUCUCCUAUUCGCUGGGAUGGAACGUUAUGCUCUUCUCGAGUGGCUCUUUUUCAAGUUAUUAGGUGAUAAAUCUCCUUUCUCACAGCAAAAUCUUCAAGGAGAUGCUGGAGUUCGUGAUGAGGAAACUGUUCGUAUCCAGUAUUUGGCAGAGAUUGCAAAGUUUCUGGGGUUCACACCAACAGUAGAUAUAGAAGCCAUUCAAGGACAUGGAACCUAUGAAGAUAGAAUGGAAAUGCUUCGCAAUAUUGUUGAUUUAGUGGAGGCAAGCCUCUUCUCAGAUAAUCCAGAAUGGAGUAUUGAUGAGCAAGUUGCCAAAGAUAUUCAACUCAUAGAUGCUAUUGCAGAGAGACAGACUCUGAUAUUUUCUGAGGAAUGCAAACUGUUCCCUGCUGAUGUGCAGAUCCAGUCUAUAUAUCCACUACCAGAGGUUUCAGAACUGGAGACAAAACUCUCAGAACAGGCCAAGAUUCUCUCUAACCUUCAGCAAAAAGUAGAUGACUUGGCAGCAAAGCAUGCCUACAACCCUGACGAAGAAUAUGCAGAAGUGGAAUCUGAACUAAGGGCUCGUUUAAAAUCGUUUCUUGAAACUGCUAGAGCUUUCAACACAAUCUACACCAAGGAAAUACGGCCAUGGACUCACAUGAUGGAAGUGCCUCAGCUUCAUGGGUUUGGUCCUGCUGCAAACCGUUUACUGGAGGCAUAUAAUAUGCUUCUCAAGUUCCUAGGGAACUUGAAGAACCUAAGAGACUCACAUGCAGCACUUUCGAUUGGAUCAGCAGGAACAGUAGAUGGAGGAGAGCCAUCUUCAGUAAAUAGAAUUGUAUCCGAGUGUGAAGCCGCGUUAACUGUUCUCAAUCGAGACCUUGGUAUCCUCUCUGCUUCCAUAGCUCGUGAGCAAGGGGAGCGUCUGUAGCUAGCCACGAAUGAUUUUACUUGGAAAUUAUCCUCUGUGUUCCUGUUUAAUAUUAUUAGAGUUCAUUUUCUUUGGAGCUGUGUUGUGUGAUUCUCAAUAGUUUGAAUUUUGCUAAGUUUGUUUAACCAAAUCCGAUCAAUCUAAAAGUAAAGUUUCUC